UACAGCUGAGCCGCUGCUCGCUGAACUUGAAGUUCUUGUUUUAUCAAUUUCUGCGCACACCGCCUCUGACAGGCUUGAUACCUCUCGCUGUCAGCCCGAGAAGAAGAUGCACCUCGAAAUGACUCUCCUUCACAUUGUUGCUGUGCUCUUCCUGCCAGGAGCAUUGAGUCAGAGCGGCAGCAACACGCUCGGUGUGGUGGUGGAGGCCAAGAACAUCACCCUCCCUGCAGGGUCGAAGGCCGUGCUGCCCUGCCACAGCCCCCGCAUGGUGUGGACGCAGGACAGACUGAAGGACCGUCAGAGGGUGGUACACUGGGACUUGGUGCGCAGCAGCCCAGAACAUGCUUCAGAGCGAGUCCUGGACAUGUCCCCCGGGACACGCCAGAGGCUCUACAACAGCUUCAACAAGGGACGCGUUUCUGUUCCAGAGACUGCUUUCGAUGAUGGCAACUUCUCCCUCAUCAUAAACAACGUGGUCACAACUGACAAAGGAGUUUAUACUUGUAAUCUGCAUCAUCACUACUGCCAGAUUCACCAGUCCAUUAAAUUCCAGCUCAACGUCACAAAGUCACCUCGAAAAGAGAAACGUUACUGGGAUGGAGAGAAGACUGUGUUUGUGGUUUUGUUGGGCAAGUCGGUGGUAUUGUCUUGUGUGAACCGACGCCCACUGUGGAGAGACGGCCUCCAGGAGGACCAGCAGCAGGUGGCUCACUGGGACUUCCAGCCCCCAGGAGUGCGUCCUGAUAGGGCUGACCGCCUCGUGGACCUCUAUGCUUCCGGAGAGCGGCGUGAUUAUGGGCCACGCUUUGGACAGAACAGGAUGAGUGUAGAGCCGGAUGCUUUUACUUUAGGGGACUUCUCGCUGUCCAUUCCUGACCUAAGGCCUGUUGAUAAAGGCCUGUACUCCUGCCACCUGCAUCACCACUACUGUGGUCUGCAUGAGAGACGCAUCUUCAGGCUCACUGUGGCACCUCCACUUCCGUCCGUCCCCAGUACACCACCCAGAGUCUUCCAGAAUGACGUGCCAGAGCCAAGGACUGAAGAGGUGGAGGGUCCACGUGUGGUGAACGUCAUCCUCCCUGAGCAUCGAGGGUAUUUCGUGCAGCAUUUGGGCUACUUCCUGGCAACUUUCAUACUGCUGGCGUUCAUCGUUGUGGCUGUCAUUGUGCUGACGCGACGCAAAAAGAGAGGUCUGGAAUAUGACCUGAGUCGAUCUGAUCGGGGGCAUGUGAUGAGUGGAGGAGAAAUGUCAUUAGACUGCACAGAGCUGAGGGCCUGUAACCCAGAACCUCUGAAUUCAGACUACAAAAACAACCUACUGAAAGAGAGAGAUAUGACCAAAGACUGCAAUAGGGACUUUGAUGGGAAGCUGUGGAAGUGAGUGCGAUAUUUCUGAGAUGCUGCUGGCAGGUCCAGAGCAAACACCGGAAGAGUAAAGGACCGUGGAGAGAAAGGGAAGAAAAAGAGGAAACCCAAGAGAGGACAGGAGGAAUGCUCCCUCUGCUGUAACUCUAACACACUAAGCUUUUUCACUCAAAGUCAAUUUUUUUACACGUCAUUUUUUAAAUAACUUGCAUUUUCACCAGCUGUUUUAACAAUAUGGUUAAACUUAUAUUUGACCCUUACUCUUGCAUUCAUUGGUUGAUAUAUGUGGAAUAUUAGCCAUUUUUUUUAUCAUUGUUUUUAUUUGAUUAUCUUUACAAAGCUGCAUGCUGUUUAUUAAAGUAUGUGUUAUGUAUACUUUGCAUGCCUACAGAGCUGCAAGCUCACAGCUAUUUUCCCUUUUAGCGAUUUGAUAAUGUUCCUUGUUGCACCAAUUCUGCUGUACUGUAAUUUCUAAAAAAAAAAAAAAAAAAUCAUGUUUCAAAGGUAAAUAUUACUGUUCAUAGACAGUUUCAGAUAGUGUUUGGAAACAAGUGCCACGCAUUUCUAGCUAUAGAUAAUAACACAUUUAAACAAAUAUGGUACUUAUAUUUUAUAAAUGCAGACAUAAAUUCUUCUCCAAAUAUUAUUUCCCCCCAAGUGGAUAUAUCUAUUCAUUGAUGAAUUAUCAAGUGAAAAAUUGUGAUAUUAUAGGACCAUGGACUAAAGGCUCAGUCUACCAAAACUCAGGUAAAGAGAAUCUUUUAACCAUUUAUUUGGUUUGUAAUGGGCUGUGCAGUACUUGUUUGAAUCAAGCAAAGGACCCUGGUUUGUAAAACACUGAAUUUUCAUUACUGAUUUAAAUCUACUGGUCAAUGAUACAGGUACAAAAAUGUUAUAAAAUGUGCGGCUAUAGCUCUAUGAGGUUUACUGCAGGAAGAAGAGUGUCUAUUAUCUCAGUAAUGCUAAAUCACUAACUGUUAUCUUAGCCCUGUUCUCCUUUUUGUUUCUUACUCACUUGCACAAACUCUAAUGUUGGUCUCUUAUAAGAUAAGAUUUAAUCUAUUAAAGAUUCAAAAUGGUGGCCACAGACUCAUCACUGUUUGUUCUGGUUGUCAGAGGGGGAUCCACAGAUAUUACUUGAUGUUUGCAUGAAACUGUGGUAUGAAAUUAUAAUAUAAAGUCUGAGAAAAGCAACAGUUGGGGUAAGUAAUUGACUAUCAUUUGGAAUUGUAGAGGCAUUAACAUUGUGUUGGUACUUGGAUAAAAGUGUAUAGUUCAUGUGACAUUGUAACCAGCUGUUUAAUACAAUGCUUCCCUAUUUUCUCUCCUGGG